CGACUUCGUGUUUUUGAAAGUUGAGUUCUCCUAAACAGGUGACCAGAGUUCCUCAUUACAACCGAUAAACUGACGGGUAGAGACAGAAUUUAGCAUCAGAUUUUAGCAGUGUUACCUUGACAACGAGAUUACAGGACACUAAAGGGAAUAUACUUUCUUUUUCUUUUCUUUUUUUUGUAGAACUAAAAAUAUAAGCAAAACAGCGGCAUGGCGGAGGAAGACAGUUGUUCUUACAUAAAGACAAUUCCCCAGGUGUUUCCUGUAUUUCGAGUUCGUUCUUUGAGUGACACUUCGGCUUUUAAAUCCAGAAUAUUGAACAGACUCCGCUCAGCCUGCUCAGUGGAGGGACUGGAAAAAACUUCUCUGGCCAACUGUGAUGUGGUGGUGGGAAGCUCGCAGUCUCCUCAGCUGAAAGGAAAGGGGAAGCUCUCUUCUCUGGGCAAGAUCUUUAAACCUUGGAAAUGGAGAAAGAAGAGAACCAGUGAUAAGUUCCAGGACCUCUCAAAAGUUCUGGAGAGGAAAAUAUCCACCAGGCAAACUCGAGAAGAGCUCAUAAAAAAAGGUGUCCUUAUUCCAGACCAAGAUGAUCCUUUGAACACAGAGAUCUUGAAUGGUAAUGCAGUGCCCAGUGGAGUUACUGAAAAGGUCAAAGUAGACAUUGAAACACCAGAGCUGGUUCCAGAAGAAAAAGCAGACUUGGCAGCAGUGGCAGAGGACCCAGAAGAGAGGAAUGACACCAAAUGCAACCCGCAGGCCAGUGAGUCAGCUGCUCCAAAAAACCCUACUAAAAAACAUCAGGCCACACCCCAAAAACCCUCCGGUGAGGCCACAAGUACAGGCAUGAAGAAAGGGGGCCAAGCAGGAGGUAAAAAGAUAAUCAAGAGCACCAAUAAGCAGGUCUCCGCUCCUCCACCCAAACAAGCCACACGAACUACCACUCGUGGCAAUGCCAAAUCUUCAAAUCCUCAGAAAACUGCAGGCACAUCCAAGAGUUCCUCUCAGGCCUCAGGACAAUCUUCUUCAUCGACCUGCUCCAAGACCCCAAAGAAAAGCAACUUAGAUAUAACAGCAGCACAACCCAAGUCUGCCAAGAAAACUGAACCUUCCAGGUCACCACGGCCCCCUUCCAAAACCUUGUCUGAGACUGUGGAAAGCUCCUCUAUAAAGGACCAAAAGAAAAAAGAAGUGGCCUCCAGUGUUGAGAAGGCUGAGGAGACGUCUCAGAAUGAGAAGGGUGCCUGUCAUCUACUGGAGUCCUCUGCAGAGAAAGACAAAAGUUCACCAUAUGUUAACCAAACCACAGAGGAAACGUCCUUCACCGAAUCUUCAAAUGGACUUUCUUCAGACACUUUAGGCCAGUCUGUGAGCACAGAGAGUGAAACGGAGAAAGAGAAGGCAGUGGCAGACCAGCCACAAAGGAUUAUUGGGACUGAAGAUGGAGAGAGACGACAAAUGGUCAAUGUUGAAAGCCCACAGGUGUCCGUCAUUCCUGACUCUAUUCAAGAAAACCAGGGCAAUGACUCCGAUUCAGAUGGACCUAUACUCUUCAAGGAUGACGAAGAGGAGGAUGAGGAUGAUGAGUAUACCUCUAGCUCACUUGCCAGCAAAAUUCGCCGCAAGGACACGCUUGCCAUCAAACUUGGUAACAGGCCCAGCAAGAAGGAGCUAGAAGAGAAGAACAUUCUCCCACGGACCUCAGAGACGGAGCGACAGGAGCUACGACAGCAGAUCGGCUCUAAACUAGUGAGACGGCUGAGCCAAAGGCCCACCACAGAAGAGCUUGAACAGCGAAAUAUUCUAAAACAGAAAAAUGAGGAAGAAGAACAAGAGGCCAAGCAAGAGAUUAAAAGAAGACUAUCCCGAAAGCUCAGCGUCCGGCCCACAGUUGCAGAGCUGGUGGCACGUAGAAUUUUGCGGUUCAAUGAAUAUGUGGAGGUCACAGAUGCAAAAGACUAUGAUCGCCGUGCUGACAAGCCUUGGACCAGGUUAACCCCUGCAGACAAAGCUGCUAUACGUAAAGAACUUAAUGAAUUUAAAAGCAAAGAAAUGGAAGUCCAUGAAGAAAGCAAACGGUUUACCAGAUUUCAUCGGCCCUGAGGUGGUGCCUGGUGGUGGGGGUGCUGGACGGCCGCUAACUCGAGGCUCUCUCUUCCUGUCUCUUCGCCAUGCUUCCUGCUGGGAGGCUAACAGACUGGCUCCCUGCAGCAGCCGGCUCUUCUCUGGCAUCGGCUGCACCUUGGUUCUUGCUUUCAGCCACUAGAGGGCUACAGAUAGGCCUGGGAUGCCAUUGCAAUCUGAAAUGGAGAGAGAGGGACCUUCAAACAAGAUAAAGCACUGCAAUGGUUCUGACACGUUUUUUCAUAUCUGAAAUGUUUUUGCACACACUAAGGACAAGAUUGCACUCUUUUAAUUUAAAGUGUCCCUGAUAUUCUCUCAAGGUUGAGCACAACAGUGUAAAACAUUGAAGCGCGUGCAGUGACUCAUCAGUAGCUCGCGUUGUUGCGUGCAACUCUGAGCAUUUUUUUGUUUGUUUGUUUGUUAAAUAUUACAUAUUUCUUGCAGUAUUCGUGCAGAGUCCAGUAAUAUCGAUGAAUAUCCAUGCAUGUGAAAAAACAUUUUAUAUGACUAAUGUAUCUGGUUCAAUCUAUAUUUCAUGGAUAUUGAGGUCCAUUUGGGCAUCAUGUUGUCCAGGUUUAUUACUGCCAUUAUUCCUCUGUAUCCAGAUUAAUACGUCCUCAGUAUAAUAGAAUGUAAUCAGAUUUAUGUUGUGCCUUGACAGUGUUGUUUUGUUUUGUUUUGUCCAAAAAAGUCUGAUUACUUGAUAUAAGUGGUCAUGUUGUAACAUAUCUUUAACUGCUGUUCAGGAAGAGACUACCAUCAUAUGUUUGUGACAUAAUUCAUGUUUAUUUACCUUGUAUUUUACCCCCCCCCCCCAACAUUAUCACGGGUUUCCAAAGUUUCAGCUUGCAUCUUGUUGAUUUGGCUUUUAGCUUGUACAUAAAUUUGGUGGGUUUUAUGAAGUACAGUUGUGUCGACCGUAUACAAGAUGUGACAAGCAAUAUAAUGUAGUGAAACAGUAGUUUUAACUCAAAUUGGAAAGGGCUUAUAGUCCAUUAUUUUAGUCCAUUAUAGAAUUUGUCUGUAUUGCAUUAUUGCACAUUUUGGUGCUCUAUAUAAUAUAUGAUUGUAUGUCACAGGCAGAAUUUGCUGGACACUCCAGUUUUUUUUUCCUUUUUUUUUUUUUUCUUCUCUUUUCUCAUGUAGUUAGAAAUUGGGGAAACUUAAAUUAUUUUAAAUCAGUUGUACAGUCUGUGUAUGAUAUAUGUGAAUACAUCCAGUAUAUAUUGCAGUA